AUGUUAUCAAGAAAGUAUUUAGUAUUAAUUGCUGUUUGUCCUCUGUUAUUCACAUGUUGGUUAUCUCAUCCAGUAAAGUUAGAGCCUAAAAAGGAAAUUGAAGUAUUACAUAAUGAGGAGGUCAUUACGAAGCCUUACAGAAUAGAAGUGAGUGACGAUAGCAUUGAAUCUGUGAAAAGCUUCGUGAAGGAAUGGAAGACUGAAAACAGCGACAACCAAUUCUUUGAAAAUUUGACUCAGGUCAUAAUCGAUUAUGAUUGGAAAUCCCAUCAGAACUAUCUCAAUACGUUCAAACACUAUAAUAUGAAAAUUGAUGGUAUAAACGUUCAUUUUCUACGAGCAAAUGUUCCUCCGAAUAAGAACAUGCGAGUCGUUCCUCUUGUGUUACUCCAUGGCUUCCCAGGGUCAUUCUAUGACUACUACAAAAUGAUUCCACUGCUCUCUAACCCCACGAGACAUGGUUUUGAUUUUGGUAUCUCAAAACCGAUCAUAUUCGACGUUAUUGUUCCUAGUAUACCUGGUUUUACUUUCUCAGAACUGAAUGAAGAGCAAGCAGCCGAUAUGGAUAUACACAAGAUUGCUGGCAUUAUCGUUCGAUUACUUGAAGAACUUGAUGUGAACGAUUACAUCAUUCACGGAUCGAAUAAAUUCGGUGGUGAUCUAGCUGGUCUUAUUACUUCUGUUUCUCCUCAGGCAAAAGCAGUACAUAUAUCUAACCCAUAUAUAGAUGUGAAUUACAAUACAAAGGUAUGGAUCUACUCCGUUAUCGAUUGUUACUUGAAUAGAAAUCGAUGUGAUAAAAUUUGGGAUGAGACAAAACCAUAUGUGGAAGUAACUGAUGAUUUAGUGGAAAAAUUGAGAGAAUCGCCCAUCGAAGAAGCGAAACUUCUCAUGAGAAUCUGGAAGAACAGUUUAAGCGGUGAAAUAGUGAAAACAGAGGAUGGACUUGUUCUGUCCAGAAAGAAAGAACUAAACGAACUUUUCACUUAUGACGAACUGGCAACAACUAUUUAUCUUCACUCUAUCACCAAUUCUCUGCCCAGUGCUCUAAAAAUAAUGCAAAACAGCUAUAUGGAUUCUCAUCCUAGGUCACAAAUUGUAGACAAACCAGUUGGUAUCAGUUUCUCAACUGAAUGCCCGUGGAUUUUCAACUCUGAACUGUUAACGCACAAGUUUUUAAACCAUACCAUUUUACGGGACAAUGAAGACCGCCCAAUCAAAGGAGGUCUAUUCCACUAUAUUCAAGAUCCUCAAAAUUCAGCAGCUCAUAUUUUCUCUUUUGCUGAGUACAUUUUGCAAUGA